GGACUCGGGAGGAGCGAACUCGCAGUAAAGGCAAAGACUCGGGAGAAUUAUUUCAAGCGACACAUUCGAUUUUCUCCAUCUUCGGUGAAAAGAUUGCCCUAUUGAUGGAAAGAGGGAAUAGAUUCCCCAAUUGUUAAACAGAGGGAAAUCUAACAACCAAUAACCCACGGCAUAACGGCAAUAUUAUAUUUCGCGGUAAAAUUUGCCUUCAAAGUGUCUUAACGGUCCAACAACAACACUGUAAAAAUGGUGGCAACACCCAUGUUCUUGCAUCGUCACCUACAACAUCAUCAUCACAAUCACUACUCCGACUCUACUCCAAGUCUUUCAACAGCACCACCAAACCAGCACCUCUACGCACAAUGCUCCAUUACUCCAUUCCAUGACAUACCUGAUACUACCCAAUUAAGCCAUGCCACCUUGUUUCACUCUCUUAAUUCUUCUCUUUCUCUUUUUCUGCAUUGGCGCAUCUGGGUUCGGAUCCAUGGGACCCAUCUCCGCUGCUUUUGGUGAUAAUGGCUUCUUCUGUGCCAUUGAUGCCAGUGGCAAGCAGGAGGUUAUCUGUUGGACAAAGAACACAACUUUAUCGUUAUCAUCCUCUAGUCCGCCGUCUACUUCCUCUGCUUAUUUUAGCAGCAUUCCUGCUAUGGCGGCUUUAUCUGGCGGCGAAGGGUUUCUAUGCGGCAUUUUAGCAAACAGUUCACAAGCAUUUUGUUGGAGUUCAGGUGGUCUAGAUCUUGUUCCUUCUAUUUACAAAAAUACUGCUUAUUUCCAUAUUGCUGCUGGGAGGAAUCAUGUAUGUGCUAUUAGAGGAUCUUACUAUUCCGAUCAUGAUUCGGGUACUAUUGAUUGCUGGGGGAUUGUAAAGGGUGCUAAUAAUAGUUUAACUUCUAUACAAAGCAGCAAUUUUUAUGAUCAGUCUAUUAGUAAUCUUGUUUUCAGCAAAGUUGUUUCUGGUGAAGGAUUUAGCUGUGGAAGUGUCAGAGAAGGUGGAGCCUUUUGUUGGGGGCCUAACUCACUGCGCUUAGGUGUUUCAAAGGGGUCAGUUAAUUUUGUUGCUUUAGCUUCAGGCAUAAGUUCUGUAUGUGGGAUUCUGGAAGAGUCUAAUGAGGUACAAUGUUGGGGCACUAGUAAUGAUGUCUUUUUAAGCCCUCCAGUUGGGACCCAGUUUGUGUCUUUAACUGCUGGAGCUAACCAUUUUUGUGGAAUUAGGAAAGAUAAUCAUGCUGUUGAGUGUUGGGGGAGCUUUAAUCUAUCCUCAGCUCCAAAAGGUGGUUCUGGGUUUAUGGCAAUUGCUUCUUCUGAUUUCACUACAUGUGCAAUCAGGGAAAAUGAUUUGGUUAUUGAUUGCUGGUUUAUAAAUGGGACUUCGCCACCGGAGUAUAAUCCUCCACUGGAGUUGUGCAGUCCUGGGCUAUGUGGUCCUGGCUCUUGUGCUGAUGGGGAGUUUGUUUUCAAUGCAAGUAUGCUCAGUGAACCAGAUUUGACAAGCUUGUGCGUAAGGAAGGAUUUAAGAAUUUGCUCUCCAUGUGGGUCGAAUUGCUCUCAAGGUUUUUUCUUGUCUAGUCCAUGUACUGAGAAUACUGAUAGAGUAUGCACAGAUUGCUCUCUUUGCCAGAACAGUUCUUGUAGGGAUGUUUGUGGGAUGCAACCAUCUGAAAAGGAGAAGCUAUGGCUUCACUUAAAUAGAUUACAAUUAGUAAUCAUAAUUGGAUCAACUGUGUUAGGUUUUCUAUUGCUAAUCAUCUGUUGCUAUAUUCGUCCAUGUUUGAUUGCCUCUCGGAAAGAAGAAGGGUCCAAGAAACAGUUCAAGUCUUGCAUAGGAAAAUCUGAGUUGGAAACUGAUAAUGCUUCUGAUUCAUGCCAGCCUCCAUCAAUGACUUCUUGUCCUGGUGUCGCUCAAGUAUUCCGACUGUCAGAGCUAAAAGAUGCCACCAAUGGGUUCAAAGAGUUCAAUGAGCUUGGUAGGGGAAGCUAUGGUUUUGUUUAUAAAGCUGUUCUAGCUGAUGGGAGGCAAGUUGCAGUCAAGAGGGCAAAUGCUGCUACGAUAAUCCACUCUAACAGCAGGGAUUUCGAAAUGGAGCUGGAAGUUCUAUGUAAUGCCAGACAUUGCAAUAUUGUGAACUUGUUAGGUUACUGCGCAGAGAUGGGAGAGAGGUUGCUUGUUUAUGAGUAUAUGCCCCAUGGCACACUUCAUGACCACCUCCAUAGUGGACUUUCUCCUUUGAAUUGGAGCCUUAGGCUAAAGGUUUCAAUGCAGGUUGCAAAGGGACUUGAGUACCUUCAUAAAGAAGCUGAGCCCCCAAUCGUCCAUCGCAAUGUCAAGACUUCAAACAUUCUUUUGGAUACUGAGUGGGGAGCACGAAUUGCAGAUUUUGGGCUUAUCACUUCAAAUGAGAAGGAUUUUUGUGGAGACAUGAAAACUGAUGUUUACGACUUUGGAAUUGUGCUCCUAGAGAUUCUAAGUGGAAGAAAAGCAUAUGAUAGAGAUCACACACCUCCAAGUAUAGUUGAGUGGGCAGUUCCAUUGAUUAGACAGGGUAAAGGAGCUGCAAUAAUUGAUGAGGAUGUGGCUCUUCCAAAAAAUGUUGAGCCCUUACUUAAACUUUCUGAUAUAGCAGAAUUGGCUGUCAAAGAAGAUCCUAAAGACCGUCCUACUAUGUCUGAUUUGGCGACCUGGUUGGAACAAAUUGUGAAGGAUACCUUGUAGUCUUCAAAUUGGAUCCUUAGGUGUUGGGUGAAAUCGAACUGAUAAAGAAGGUACUUGUAACAGCACCUCAAGUGAGCAAUGCUAUUUUGUAACUGUAUAUUUUUGAGCUUCUUGUACAUGAUGCUGCUUAAACAUUCUUUCUAUGACAUUUUGUGCUUGAAUCCUUUAUGCCCAAGAAACAUAAAAGGGAUUCAGUCGUUACAAUAUGAUUCUACAUUUGUUCUAUUUUCAUGAAAUUUUAUACAAUAAAGUUUCCUCCUUGUGUUGAAGGACAA